AUAGCGGAAAUUUGAGAAGUUGAAAAGUUGUUGUUGUGUUUUGUGGCUUGAAAAUGCUCUUUUAUUUGGAUAGUUUUCUACAAAUUCUGGGCAGUACGUUUCUGGAUCUGUUUCUUGAUCACUUAAGUAAGGGUGUGUCUCGCAUUCUGAUUCCUGUGAGUGUGGAUUAUUGGCCGUUGGAGGAGGUUUUCCGCAGUGAAAACUUUGUUGUUUUGGCUAAGCCGCCGGAUGUCGAUGAGGUGACUCUGUGGGCUGCGCUACAGGCCCAGGUGGGAAAUGCGGCGGACAGGGAGACGCAGAGGGCGGUUUUCCGACAGUGCUUCCAAGCGGACGCCGGAUUUAGCGGUCUUUAUCCAGUGGGAUUGCACAAGAGGGCCUCUCAAGGUCUGAAAAGCCGGCGGGUGCAUACAUACCACGUGGCGAUUGUCAGGGGACUCAUGGAGCAAGCUGAGAUACGCAUUGAUGCGCCGAUUGGGCGGGAUCUGCGCUUCAGGUCGCCCGUCGUGAGGAUGUGCACCUCUACGGAUUGGGAGCACUGUUACAGCCCUUGCGAGUGCACCACGCAGGUGAUUCUCGUCGAGACGGGCUACUUCGAUGAGGAGUUCAGUAGCAAGGUCGUUGUCAAGUCCUACCGUGGCGACAGGAAACACCAGUUCAGGGUGCAUCUCAAGGAAGUUGGACACCCUCUGGUCGGUGACACUCUGUACGACGACGUGGGGCAUCCGAGGAGUGAUCAUCUCAUGAUCCGGUUGCUGCGCGUGAGGGUGGACACUGAUGUGGAGAGCCUGCAAGUGGACAGUGGAGAUCCCUUCACCGUGGCGAGACUCUGUGGGCGCUGGCGAGUGAAGGAGACCUUCAGUUCUCUGUCAGACGCUCUCGAAAAACUCGACUCACUGGAGGCGUUCUGAGAAAGGAGAGUGCAUCGAGUAGAUCAAAGUUUUUCCAUCACCUGCCCCAUUGAAAAU